AUGGCCAGCGAAAUGGAAUACACUCGACUCGGAACCUCCGGUCUCAAGAUCUCCAAGGUCAUCCUCGGUGCCAUGUCCUACGGCACCAAGGAAUGGCAGGAUUGGGUGCUAGAUGAGAAGGAGGCCCUUCCCUUGAUCGAGCAUGCAUACAAGCGUGGAAUCAACACCUGGGACACAGCCGAUGUCUACUCUCACGGUCGCUCCGAGGAAAUCAUCGGAAAGGCCCUGACAGAGUACAACAUCCCGCGCAACCGCGUGGUCAUCCUGACCAAGCGGAACGACGGCGACUGGGUCAACCGUGUUGGACUGUCCCGGAAGCACAUCUUCGAUGCGGUGGACGCCAGCGUGAGCAGACUGGGCACCUACAUUGACGUGUUGCAGAUCCACCGUCUAGACCGGGACACACCCCGGGAGGAGAUCAUGAGGGCGCUCAACGAUGUGAUUGAGAGCGGGAAGGUCAGAUACAUUGGGGCUAGUACUAUGGCCGCGUGGGAGUUCCAAACGCUCCAAAACAUCGCGGAACGAAACGGAUGGCACAAGUUCAUUUCCAUGCAGAACUACCACAACCUCUUGGCUCGGGAAGAAGAGCGCGAGAUGAUCCCGUACUGUGUUGACUCCGGGGUGGGUCUGAUCCCCUGGUCUCCCAUGGCGCGUGGUGUGUUGGCACGGCCGUGGAAUUCUCGCUCGACGACCCGUGAGUCCACCGAUGCCGCGCUCAGGCUCCUGGUCCGGAGCCGAGAGUCCGAGGCCGACAAGGCGAUCGUUGACCGAGUGGAGGAGCUUUCCAAGAAGAAGGGUGUCAGCAUGGCGCAGGUGUCCAUUGCUUGGUCCUUGAGUCACACCAAUGAAAAUCCCAUCUUGGGGUUGAACAGCAAGGAACGCAUUGAUGAAGCUGUGGCUAGUGUCAAGGUCAAGUUGACCGAUGAGGAGAUCAAGUAUUUGGAGGAACCAUAUAUUCCUAAGGCUUUAUCUGCUCUUGAGCGGUAA